AUGGGCACCUCUAUCAUUGACAUCCAGCGCGACAUUAUUUUGAACACAAUCCGCCAAACCGUCGGCCAUGAUUGGAAAGUUCUGGUGGUCGACGACAAAAGCCGAAAGCUGAUCAACAGUGCCGUCAAAGAAGAGGAGAUCCUCAAUCUCAACGUUUCCAAUGUCGAACAAAUCGAGCACCGCCGCCCCUUCAACAAGGACAUGGACGUCCUUUACAUACUCUCAGCUGAAAGCCAUAUUGUGGACUGUCUCAUGGCCGACUUUGAAGUUGAACGUUACCGGAAAGCCUAUUUGGUUUGGACAUCUUUCCUCGAUCCACAACUACGAUCCCGGCUAGACCGGUCAGAAAUGGCCCGCAAUCGCAUUGCAGACUACCGCAUCAUGAACAUCAACUUUUAUCCUCGCGAGUCACGCUUGAUCACCUUCCGGGAUCCAUGGAGCUUCCCUAUUCUCUUCCACCCGUCUUGCAAUAACCUGAUCCGAAAUCAUCUUCAAGAACUUGCGCAGAAGAUCGUCUCACUAUGCGCAUGCCUGGGCGAGUAUCCUAUUAUUCGAUAUUAUAAACCUCGAGCUCCAACGCACGAAGCAAGUGUUCUAUGUUCCCACCUCGCGCGGUUUGUCCAGACUGAACUCGACCAAUUUGCACAAUUCCAACGAGAUUUUCCACCUCAAACAAAUCGGCCUCGGGGUGUGUUACUCAUUGUGGAUCGAUCGAUGGACCCAUUCGCUCCUCUUCUUCACGAGUUCACCUUCCAAAGCAUGGUCCAUGAUCUUCUACCAAUUAAGGACGGAGAUAAGGUAACAUACAAGACCAUUAUCAACCAAGGAAAGCCAAAUGAAGAGAUCAAGGAGAUGGAACUCGGAGAGCACGAUAAAGUGUGGGUUUCGUAUAGACAUAUGCACAUGCGAGAACUACUCGAGAAGCUUGGAGAAGACUUCGCCAAAUUCCGAGCAGCUAACCCGCAAUUCGCCGAGGACAAUGACAAAACGAGCGUAAACACAAUCAAGGAUAUGCUUGGAGGUCUAACGGAGUUCACAGAGGGCAAAGAUGCGUACACGUUGCACUUGAAUAUGGCUGAGGAGUGCAUGAAAUUCUUCCAGGAAAACAAGCUCCUCGAGGUCAGCUCUAUUGAGCAAUCAUUCGCCACAGGUCUCGAUGAAAACUACAAGAAAGCCAAGAAUCUGGCAGCACAGCUUGUGCAAUUACUUGACGAUGAAUCCGUUCUUGGCCCAGAUCGUCUGCGACUGAUUCUCUUGUACAUCAUGUAUCGUGGUGGUCUGCUAGGUGGUGACAUUCGAAAACUGAUGGCCCACGCCCAGCUCCCCGGCAAGAACGGCGAAGUUAUUGCCAAUCUCGAUCUUCUUGGAGUGCGUGUAGAAAAGCCUCUCAAGGAUGAGAAAUCCUCAGUACAACCUCUGUUCAAUCGCCGCGCCCCAGCUCCAGAACAAGAAGAAGUCAGUUUAACCCGGUACGAUCUGGGUGUCAAGCAAAUGCUGGAGGAGCAGGUUCGAGGGACCUUGGACCCGACAGUCUUCCCUUACACCCGGCCCCACACGGAAAAUGAUGGGGGCGUACAGCAAGUGAUGCUAUCUCAACAGGCUUCCUUGCGCAGCGCAAAGCCUACAUGGGCACGCACGCGCUCUACCGACCAACCUCGUCAACGACUGAUCGUUUUCAUGGCGGGUGGAGCCACAUAUGGCGAGUCGCGCUCUUGCUACGAAAUUUCCCAGGCAUUUAACCGGGAUGUCUUCCUCGCUACAACUCACAUGCUCACCCCAGGCUUGUUUAUGCGCCAGGUAGGUGACCUCAGCGUUGACAAGCGACGUCUGGAUAUUCCCGCGGAGCGCCCUAGGCCCACUGCCCCCGCACAUCUCUUUGAGCGCGAACAACCUCCUGCCCCAGCUGCCCCGCCACAGAAGAAGCCUUCUGUGGCCCCUUCAGGCCCAGCUCCCCCACAAGCGGCAAUGGCGAACAUGUCCUUGAACUCUAACGGUGGUGCUCACCCUCCCUCUAGUGGAAAGCCCCAAAAGAAAGAAAAGGAGAAACCGAAAGAGAAGAAGGACAAGAAAUACAAGUUCUUUUAA